AUGGCGUCAUCAUCUUCCAAGAGGCACCCACUGUAUCAUGGAAUCCGGUGUCGGGGAGGAAAAUGGGUGUCCGAAAUACGGGAGCCACGUAAGGCUUCACGAAUAUGGCUUGGCACUUUCCCAACACCUGAGAUGGCGGCUGCAGCCUAUGACGUGGCGGCGUUGGCCUUGAAAGGUGACAAUGCUGUUCUCAACAUCCCUGACUCAAUCCACAAGUAUCAAAUGGCUCUAUCCAAUUCUCCUGCUGACAUACGCAGUGCUGCAACUGCUGCAGCCGCACUGAUCAAAGCUGAAGCCACCAACAAUAGUGCAUCAAUUAAUGUAGCUCAGCCUGAUAACGCUAACAAUGGCACUAAUAAUAGUGUUCAUAAUAGCACUUCAUGGUUUGAAAGUGAUUUCAUAGACGAGGAAGCCAUAUUCGCAAUGCCAAGUUUGCUGGUUGACAUGGCUGGGGGAAUGCUACUGUCACCGCCCAGAAUGAGCCCACCACCGUCGGACAACUCGCCUGAGAAGCCAGGAGGAGAAAGUUUGUGGAAUUUCUUUUGA